AUGUCGUCGAUGAUUUUCGGUGCGGUCUCCAGUCCGUGCACAGCUCUCUACCUGAAAAAUAAAAACGCAUUAGAUCAUAAAAAAGAAUUUCCGAUGGUCGUAGAUGCUGUAGUUAACAACCACUACAUGGACGAUUACCUGGGUAGCGUCGACUCUGCAGAUGAAGCAGCUCGUCUCGUAGCUGAUAUUGUAGAAGUCCACUCUCGCGCAGGUUUCGAGAUGAGAAAUUGGGCCUCUAAUUCUAAAGAAGCUCUUACCUUGAUUCCUCGAGAUCUAUGUGCCACAAACAUCUUAGAGGUAAAUCUCGCAAACAAUGCUCCAAACCAUAAAAUUCUCGGAGUGUCUUGGAACAUCGUUGAUGACUCUCUAGGCCUUUUGCGAAGUUUACCCCCUAUCCAUGAGUCUUCUAAGUGGACUAAGCGCCAUGUCCUAUCAUUACUAAUGCAAGUAUAUGACCCUCUAGGCUUGUUGGCUCCUAUUGUCAUAAGAGGUCGAAUUCUUUUUCAACAAACCUGGAGGCUCGGUAUCAACUGGGACGAUCACUUACCAUCCGAAAUUCUAUUAAAAUGGAAACAUUGGUUUGAGCACCUAUCAAAUCUCCGCCAAACUUCUAUUCCACGCUGCUACACAACAUGUGAGUGGACGGAAAAACAACUCCAUGUCUUUGCUGAUGCUAGCGAAUACGCAUACUCCUGUGUAGCGUAUUGGCGUUUCAUAACGCCCAACGAUUGCAAAAUAAGCCUUAUUGGUGGAAAAGCGAGGUUAGCUCCUCUAAAGCCAGCCUCCAUACCUAGAUUAGAGCUCCUGGCGGCUCUGAUCGCUGCUCGUUUUUGUAAAUAUUUAAUAGAGGCUCAUAAACAUAAGCCUGUCAAAAUUUUCCUUUGGUCAGAUUCUUUGACAGUUCUCAAAUGGCUUCGUAGCGAUGCUCGCAAUUUUAAAGUAUUCGUUUCACAUCGGGUUGGAGAAAUUUUAGAACUCACAGACAUUUCUUGUUGGAAAUAUGUUCCAACUCAUCUGAAUGUUGCUGACGACGCUACGAGGCCACAAUCAAAAUUCGAAAUUUCACGAUGGUUCUCCGGGCCACCCUUUCUAUUACUCGGUCAAAAUGAAUGGCCUGAGGAACCUUCCACAAAUGUGCGACUAGGCCCCGAAGAAAUGAAAUGUGAUCGCGAGCUAGUUGCACUAACAACAGAUAGUUCUCCGGAACUAUCGCCAGUAGUAGCUAAUCACUGUCGUUUCAGUAAUUGGUUACGUCUAGUUCGCGCUACAGCUACUGUUGCUCUCGCUGCUAGGUUUUUUAUACAUUUAUUGUUUCGUAAGAUAGGGAAUAGGGUUGACGAAGCCCUUCUCGACGGCUACAAGCCUCAGAUCUAG